CUUUUCGAUCUUUCGGUUUUGCACAAAAUUUGUUGCUUCGCUUUUUCUCAAAUCCCUCUCUGUGCGAAAUUCAUAUUCGCCUCCUUUUGCUCUCUUCGGGUUUUCGAACCUCUUUCUCUCUCUACAUCUCUCACUCUCACUCUAAACAUAAACAAAACCAGAACAAAGAAGAAGAAGAACUUGCUGCUCUCUGUCUCUCUCCAUCUCUCUGCUUCUUUCUCGCUCCGACUUUCUCUCAGAUUUGAAUGUGGUACAUUUCUGCAUUAUAUGUAUUCGUAUUCGUAUGAGUGAAAAGAAAAUUUAAAGAGUCAUGCAAAAAGAUAAUACUAGCACCCCAUCAACUCCAACUGCUCGGGUUCGGCAUCGUAGACGUUCAAAUGAGGUUGUUCCAGAUGUUAGUAAAGCAAAUGGAAACUUACUUGUUGACGACCGCAACAAGUACAGGUCGAUGUGGAUUCGUGCAUACUCUUCCAUUUGGAUGAUUGGGGGCUUUGCAUUAAUUAUUUAUUUGGGCCAUCUUUGUAUUACUGCUAUGGUGGUUGUUAUCCAAAUCUAUAUGGCGAAAGAGUUGUUCAAUCUUCUAAGGAAAGCUCAUGAAGAUAGGCAUCUCCCAGGAUUCAGGCUGUUAAAUUGGCACUUUUUCUUCACUGCAAUGCUAUUUGUAUAUGGUCGCAUUCUCAGUCAACGACUUGUCAGUACUGUAACUCCAGACAAGUUUCUUUACCAGCUUGUUAGCAGCCUUAUCAAGUAUCAAAUGGUUAUUUGUUAUUCCCUUUAUAUCUCAGGUUUUGUGUGGUUCAUCCUUACAUUAAAGAAGAAGAUGUACAAAUAUCAAUUUGGCCAGUAUGCAUGGACACAUAUGAUUCUGAUUGUCGUGUUUACGCAAUCCUCUUUCACAGUUGCCAACAUUUUUGAAGGAAUUUUCUGGUUUCUUCUUCCAGCAACGCUUAUUGCUAUCAAUGAUAUUGCUGCAUAUUUCUUUGGGUUCUUUUUUGGAAGAACUCCAUUAAUCAAAUUAUCUCCAAAGAAAACUUGGGAGGGAUUCAUUGGAGCGUCCAUUACAACUAUCGUCUCUGCAUUUUUGUUAGCAAAUGUCAUGGGCCGUUAUCAGUGGCUGACAUGUCCGAGAAAGGAUUUAUCUACUGGUUGGCUUCAAUGUGAUCCUGGUCCAUUGUUUAAGCCAUACACUUUUAUCUUACCUGGAUGGGUUCCUCAAUGGUUUCCUUGGAAAGAAAUCUCUGUAUUACCAGUUCAAUGGCAUGCCCUAUGCCUUGGCUUAUUUGCAUCGAUCAUAGCACCUUUUGGAGGCUUCUUUGCUAGUGGUUUCAAAAGAGCUUUCAAAGUCAAGGAUUUUGGUGAUAGUAUUCCUGGGCAUGGUGGAAUUACAGACAGAAUGGAUUGUCAGAUGGUGAUGGCCGUAUUUGCAUACAUUUAUCAUCAGUCAUUCGUUGUGCCUCAAAGCGUCUCGGUUGAGGUGAUCUGGGACCAGAUAUUGGUGAACCUCAGUUUCGAAGAGCAACAAGCUCUGUACGUGAAGCUUAGAGACAUCUUGCAGGAGAGGUUGCUAGGACAGUCGUAAGCUCCGCGUGGAUGGUGAUUGCGCUCUCUAGAUGAACGUCUCGACAGAUAGUAGAAAAUGUCAUUGUAAGUUGUAUAUUGUGACGGGUUUUGAUUAUUCAAGUGAUUGCAAUCCUGCUUGAUUAUUUAGGUGGACGCGUUUCUAUGCGUGCUCGCCGUGUAUAGUUUUUGCUUUGGUUGCUUUUUCUAUUUACAGUAUAUGACUGACUCCAGAUGGAAAAAUGUGUGAGUUUUUCCACCACAGAUUCAGAGAAAGGACGUUUUCUUUAUUCUUCGAUCUUGUUGGGGAUGUAAUCUCAAAAUAAAAUAAUAAUUUGUCGACUUUUUCUCUUUUUGGGGAUGUGACUUGCUUGUCUCUUUCUGCAUAUUUGAUUAUAUCACCAUCUAUGGUGCA